GUGUGUGAAGUGGACCCCCCAAAAUUUGAGAGGCAGACGAUGUCGGGUCUCUCUUUUGAGCAACAGGACAAGGGUUUCCUUGUACUACCCGGCCUGUUUUCCUCAUCAGAAUGUGAAGUCUUGCAACAUGCAAGUUCUCGGCUCGUGGACGAUUUUACACUGGAAGAUCACCCGAAGGUCAUCUUUUCUACACAACCAGGAAAGCAGGCUAACGACGAUUACUUUAUGACAAGCGGAGACAAAAUUAGGUAUUUUUUUGAAGAGGAGGCGUUUGAUGAGACUGAUAUUCAUUGAAAGGGUCCCCGGAAAGGGUGUUGUUUACAGUCGUGUUUGUCCGUGGAACAGCGACGCUCGGCAAUGAACGUACACGAGUACGUUAUUCAGACGUUGGGGCAAAAAAUCAUCGAGGCGAUUUUCAAAAGACGCUUUCAAUACGGAGUUAUAACACAAUGAAAUUGUUGUUCUAAUUGCUAUACCUCUAAUGCUAAUAAAAUAAUUAUUACA